CCCACAUAUCAUCAGUGUCUUCCGUUGAAUUGCUCAGGGCCAUUGCAAUUAGGUAACGAGAACUGCAAAAUGCGGGAAUAAUCAUACUACUCCACACUGGCGAUUAGGUAUUGCGGUUUCAGUCGACUGUGCCCCAAAUACCCCAGGAUCCACCGUAUGAUGGGACCGGUACCCCCGUCUCACCCGCCUUUUUGUUUCCUACAUCUUUGCACGCUUUCCGGCCCUUGGUCACCUUUUCACCUAUCUCAUAUAUUGGUUUUAUGUACAGAAGUCUCUUACAGCGCCCUCCCUUGAUCCUAUUGCCUUGCCGAUAACCCACUUGGACCAGUCGCCAUGGAUGUUUUACCAGCGUAUCCCAAUACUCACGGGGUGGACAAGAAAAAGGAGGAAUAUGAUGUAGAUGCUGAAAAGAGGGAUAUCAUGGCUGGUCAAGUUCAGGAUGCAUUCGGAAGUGAAGAGGACGCGGAGAUCAAGUACAAGACCUUGACUUGGUGGCAAUGUGGCUUGCUUAUGAUUUGUGAAUCUGUUUCCCUGGGUGUGUUGUCUUUGCCAGCAGCCGUCGCGACAUUGGGUCUCGUCCCGGGUGUUAUCUUGAUUGUGGGCCUCGGACUUCUCGCUUUGUACACAGGAUACAAUAUUGGAUUGUUUCGCCAGCGUUAUCCUCACAUACAGAGUCUGGCAGAUGCUGGAGAAAUUCUGCUCGGCCGCUUUGGGCGUGAGCUCUUCGGUCUAGGUCAAUUUCUGUUUUGUAUCUUUGUCAUGGGAAGUCAUAUUUUGACCUUCCGUGUCAUGAUGAAUACCAUCACCGAGCACGGCACCUGUUCAAUUGUCUUUAGUGUGGUAGGUAUGGUUAUUUCGAUGGUGUUAUCAAUCCCGCGCACGAUGAAAGGAAUGACGUGGGUUUCAUUUGCUUCGUUCCUCAGUAUCUUUGGUGCGGUCAUGGUUACCAUGAUCUCUGUGGGUGUACAGGACCACCCCGAUCGGAUUAUUCAUGCUACGGUAGAGACGAAUCUCUACACUGGUUUCCAGGCAGUGUCUAACAUUGUCUUCGCCUACUGUGCUCAUGUUGCCUUCUUUGGCCUCAUUGCUGAAAUGGAGAAUCCCAAGGAUUUCAACAAGUCCUUACUCAUGUUGCAGUCUUUCGAGAUCUGCUUGUAUCUCACAGCCGCUGUUGUCAUUUACUACUACGUUGGCACUGACGUUCACUCUCCUGCCUUGACUUCCGCCGGACCUGUGAUGAAAAAGGUUGCAUAUGGCCUUGCCAUCCCAACGAUUGUAGGCGCAGGUGUUGUGAAUGGCCACAUUGGUCUGAAGUAUAUCUAUUUCCGGGCCUGUCGCAAGUCAGAUCUACUGCACAGUCGCAGCUGGAAGUCCGUGAGUAUCUGGCUCGCACUAGGCUUGACCUGUUGGGUUGUCGCGUGGAUCAUCUCAGAGGGUAUUCCCGUUUUCAGCAAUCUAAACAGUCUGAUUAGUGCCCUCUUCGCCAGUUGGUUCAGUUAUGGGUUGAGUGGAAUCUAUUGGCUGCAUCUGAACUACGGCGAAUGGUUCUCCAGCCCAAAGAAAAUAUUGUUGACGAUACUCAACAUUGGAAUUGCACUGAUUGGUCUUAUCCUAUGUGCAUUGGGCUUAUAUGCUUCUGGGACGGCCAUUCAUAAUGAUGCCAGCAGUACGGUUUUUACCUGUGCCAACACUGACACCUAGUGGCUUGGUCAAAACUUUCCAGUGGCCUGAGCAUGAAACUGGAUUUUGUAUUUUAGCCAGUGGGGUACAUUGCACAGGGCAUCAGUGAGAAGUGAGGUGGCAGUCUUAGCGUAUGUGAGACAGCGCCAAUUUUUUUUUUUUUUUGUCUGAAGCAAGACUUUAUUAUGUAAAUAGUAUAUUCCCACCACAACAUGAUCUGACCAUGUACAUAAGCCGUGAUUCACGCCUUGUCGGUUCUGCUAGCGAACAAUAAC